UCUCACCUCCGUCCAUCCCAUUCCCACUAUCCCCUUCUUCCCCCUCUCUCACCUCCGUCCAUCCCAUUCCCACUAUCCCCUUCUUCCCCCUCUCUCACCUCCGUCCAUCCCAUUCCCUCCAUCCAUUAUGCACUCGUCCACCUCCAUUACGUCCCUCUUCUCCUUCACCAGUCCAGCGGUGAAGAGGCUGCUGGGAUGGAAACAGGGGGAUGAAGAGGAGAAGUGGGCGGAGAAGGCUGUGGACUCCCUGGUGAAGAAAGUAAAGAAGAAGAAAGGAGCGAUGGAGGAGCUGGAGAGAGCUCUCAGUUGCCCCGGAAAACCCAGUAAGUGUGUGACGAUCCCUCGGUCUCUGGACGGUCGUCUCCAGGUAUCCCAUCGUAAAGGUCUCCCCCACGUCAUCUACUGCAGAGUGUGGAGGUGGCCUGACCUACAGUCUCAUCAUGAACUCAAGGCCUUGGAGUGCUGCCAAUUCGCCUUCGGAUCCAAACAGAAAGACAUCUGUAUCAACCCCUACCACUACAGACGGGUACAGACACCAGUGCUUCCCCCAGUGCUGGUCCCCCGCCACAGUGAGUUUAACCCCCAACACAGUCUACUGGCUAAGUUCCGGAACGCCUCUCUCCACCACGAGCCACUGCUGCCACAGAACGCCACCUACCCGGACUCCUUCCUUCCUGUCCUAUGCCCCUCCUCCUCCCUCAACCAGCCCCCAACCCCCCGCAGCUACCCUAACUCCCCCAGGAGAACAGCAGUGCCAGCCAGCCCGUACCACAUCACAGCUAGACCCCCCCCUCCCCCCUAUAACAUGAUGGAGACGGCCCCAACAGAGGACGUCAAACCCGGAGGACCCUCUAACACACACAAGCUCACCUUCUCAGCUCCACACAGAGACCUGCGGCCUGUGUGUUAUGAGGAGCCAGAGUACUGGUGUUCAGUGGCGUACUACGAGCUGAAUAACCGUGUCAGAGAGACGUUCCACGCCUCGUCCCGUAGCGUCCUGGUAGACGGCUUCACCGACCCCUCCAACAACAACAACCGCUUCUGUCUCGGCCUGCUGUCUAACGUCAACCGCAACUCAACCAUCGAACACACACGCAGGCACAUAGGAAAAGGUGUCCAUCUCUACUACGUGGGUGGUGAGGUGUAUGCCGAGUGUCUGAGUGACAGCAGUAUCUUCGUCCAGAGUCGUAACUGUAACUAUCAGCAUGGUUUCCAUGCCACCACCGUGUGUAAGAUCCCCAGCGGCUGUAGUCUGAAGAUCUUCAACAACCAGCUGUUCGCCGAGCUCCUCUCUCAGUCCGUCAACCACGGCUUCGAGGUGGUCUACGAACUCACCAAGAUGUGUACUAUACGCAUGAGCUUCGUCAAGGGCUGGGGUGCAGAGUACCACCGCCAGGAUGUCACCAGCACCCCCUGCUGGAUAGAGGUGCACCUGCACGGCCCUCUGCAAUGGCUGGACAAGGUCCUCACACAGAUGGGCUCUCCCCACAACCCCAUCUCCUCUGUGUCCUAACACACACACACAACCCCAUCUCCUCUGUGUCCUAACACUCACAGCCCCAUCUCCUCACACACAACCCCAUCUCCUCACACACAGCCCCAUCUCCUCUGUGUCCUAACACUCACAGCCCCAUCUCCUCACACACAACCCCAUCUCCUCACACACAACCCCAUCUCCUCUGUGUCCUAACACACACAACCCCAUCUCCUCUGUGUCCUAACACUCACAGCCCCAUCUCCUCUGUGUCCUAACACUCACAACCCCAUCUCCUCACACACAACCCCAUCUCCUCACACACAGCCCCAUCUCCUCUGUGUCCUAACACUCACAACCCCAUCUCCUCUGUGUCCUAACACACACAACCCCGUCUCCUCUGUGUCCUAACACUCACAGCCCCAUCUCCUCACACACAACCCCAUCUCCUCACACACAACCCCAUCUCCUCUGUGUCCUAACACACACAACCCCGUCUCCUCUGUGUCCUAACACACACAACCCCGUCUCCUCUGUGUCCUAACACACACAACCCCAUCUCCUCUGUGUCCUAACACACACAACCCCAUCUCCUCUGUGUUCUAACACGCACAACCCCGUCUCCUCUGUGUCCUAACACACACAACCCCAUCUCCUCACACACAGCCCCAUCUCCUCACGCACAACCCCAUCUCCUCUGUGUCCUAACACACACAACCCCGUCUCCUCUGUGUCCUAACACACACAACCCCAUCUCCUCACACACAGCCCCAUCUCCUCUGUGUCCUAACACACACAACCCCAUCUCCUCUGUGUCCUAACACACACAACCCCAUCUCCUCUGUGUCCUAACACGCACAACCCCGUCUCCUCUGUGUCCUAACACUCACAGCCCCAUCUCCUCACACACAACCCCAUCUCCUCACACACAGCCCCAUCUCCUCUGUGUCCUAACACACACAACCCCAUCUCCUCUGUGUCCUAACACGCACAACCCCGUCUCCUCUGUGUCCUAACACUCACAGCCCCAUCUCCUCACACACAACCCCAUCUCCUCACACACAGCCCCAUCUCCUCUGUGUCCUAACACACACAACCCCGUCUCCUCUGUGUCCUAACACACACAUCUCCAUGUGUCUCUGUGCUUAUCUCCAUUGAUGCUAUUGGAAAUAGCCUUACUGGAAACAACCACCAGUUCUGAAUUAAACUACAUUAUGUUUCAGUUCAUGACAGGUAAUCACACGUAGGUUGCACUACUGUAGCUUUCUGUCAGUGCUGCAGAUAGGAACAACGCUUCACACACACAUGGUAUGGUUGUAGCUACUAGUGUCGUAACCAUGGUUUUAUUGGUCCUUCAGACAGCCUUUCUUUUACUGUGAGCUACAAGGCAGCAUUCAACCACACGUAGCCGCUUAAAUAAACCUUUAAAUAAAUGGUACCCUGUUACCUUUACAGGGCACUACUGUUGACCAGAGCCCUAUGGGAGCCCUGUAGAGUCUUAUUGGAGUCCUGUAGAGCUCUAUGGGAGCCCUGUAGAGCCUUAUUGGAGUCCUGUAGAGCCCUAUUGGAGUCCUGUAGAGCCCUAUUGGAGCCCUGUAGAGCCCUAUUGGAGUCCUGUAGAGCCCUAUGGGAGCCCUGUAGAGCCCUAUUGGAGUCCUGUAGAGCCCUAUGGGAGCCCUGUAGAGCCCUAUGGGAGUCCUGUGGAGCCCUAUUGGAGCCCUGUAGAGCCCUAUGGGAGUCCUGUAGAGCCCUGUGGGAGUCCUGUAGAGCCCUAUGGGAGUCCUGUAGAGCCCUAUGGGAGUCCUGUAGAGCCCUGUGGGAGUCCUGUAGAGCCCUGUGGGAGUCCUGUAGAGCCCUAUGGGAGUCUUGUAGAGCCCUAUUGGAGCCCUGUGGAGCCCUAUGGGAGUCCUGUAGAGCCCUAUGGGAGUCCUGCAGAGCCCUAUGGGAGUCUUGUAGAGCCCUAUUGGAGCCCUAUUGGAGUCCUGUAGAGCCCCAUGGGAGUCCUGUAGAGCCCUAUGGGCACCCCAUGGGAGUCCUGUAGAGCCCUGUAGAGCCCUAUGGGAGUCCUGUAGAGCCCUGUAGAGCCCUAUGGGAGCCCUGUAGAGCCCCAUGGGAGCCCUAUGGGAGUCCUGUAGAGCCCCAUUGGAGCCCUGUGGAGUCCUGUAGAGCACUACGGGAGUCCUGUAGAGCCCUAUGGGAGUCCUGUAGAGCCCUAUGGGAGUCCUGUAGAGCCCUAUGGGAGCCCUAUGGGAGUCCUGUAGAGCCCUAUGGGAGCCCUAUGGGAGUCCUGUAGAGCCCUAUGGGAGCCCUAUGGGAGUCCUGUAGAGCCCUAUGGGAGUCCUGUAGAGCCCUAUGGGAGCCCUAUGGGAGUCCUGUAGAGCCCUAUGGGAGUCCUGUAGAGCCCUAUGGGAGUCCUGUAGAGCCCUAUUGGAGUCCCGUAGAGCCCUGUAGAGCCCUAUGGGAGUCCUGUAGAGCCCUAUGGGAGUCCUGUAGAGCCCUAUGGGAGUCCUGUAGAGCCCUAUGGGAGUCCUGUAGAGCCCUGUAGAGCCCUAUGGGAGCCCUGUAGAGCCAUGUAGAGCCCUAUGAGAGUCCUAUCAAGGUAACAUGGGAUAUACAGUGGGGCAAACAAGUAUUUAGUCAGCCACCAAUUGUGUAAGUUCUCCCAAUUAAAAAGAUGAGAGAGGACUGUAAUUUUCAUCAUAGGUAC